AUGGUGUCUGCCGGUGCCAAAUCUGCGAAAGUGUCCGGUUCGUCUGCUACGCACCCGCCCUUCACCAAAAUGAUCGUCGACGCUAUUUCGGCUUUGAAGGAAAAGGGGGGCUCCAGCCGCCAGGCCAUCAUCAAGUACAUCAUAGCUCACUACAAUGUUGAAGAUAAGGUUGCCAAAGCAAGCGUUCGUCGGGGCCUCAAGUCCGCUACCUCCGCCGGAAAGAUAGUAUGUGUCAAGGGUGCUGGAGCUGUUGGUUCCUUCAAAGUCGCCCAACAAACGGAGGCGAAGCCUGUUGUAAGAAAGCCGAAGAAAGCGUCCAAGAAACCAGCUGCUAAGGCGGCUGCUGUGGUCAAAGCUGCCACACCCAAGCCGAAGAAGACGGCUGUUUCGAGGCCCAAGAAAGCCGCAAAGCCGUCGAAGGGAUCGACCCCUGGUGUGAAGAAGUCCAAGGCCGCGAAAGCCAGGAAAUCAGUCACUAAGAGGACUCCCAAGAAGUCUGCUGCAUCCAAGAAGUAG